ACACAAACCUCACAACAACUUCACACUUGAGUCCAAAUCUUAUCUCAAGUGAUGUUCACAUGAAUGACAUUUCAGUCACUUUCACACCAUAUCUAACAUGUCUUCAACACAUCCAACACUAUGUCCACUGAUCUCCUGUUCUUCUCUUUAGAGUCUAAAGUUUGGACCACUUUUACAACUGAUUCAUUCAAUUAGAACUCAAAGUUUGUGAUCACUUCCCACAUGACAAUCGGUGACCACUGCCAUGAAUUUGAAAAAUCUGUCGAAACAAGAGUUUGAAUGCUUGUCACGACAACUCAAGACUCAAUUAUCAUCCAUUGGUUUAGAGGCACAUCCCUUCAAAAUCCAAUGGUAUAACCUCAUGGUUUCACCCAAAUUUCGACUUCCAUUCGAUGAUAAUUGCAUUGCAUUUGCAAUCAUCAGUACUCCUGAUAUGUUUGAAAUGGCAUUCUUGCCAUUCCUCAGGAGUAAUUUGUUUGACACCAACUCAACCAAUGAUCCCAUCGAUGAGUGCAUGAAAUAUCACUUAAACUCAAUUAAAUUGAGUUUUUGUGAGUUUGCGGUGGAAGUGAUCCAUGACUUCGAGCUCUUUAUGCCGAACCGAAGGCCCAAAGUGUUGGUGCAGACGGCAGCCCAUGUAUCCGGUGCUGCCUUUUAUUACAAAUCCGAAGCGGUUGAGAGCACCGACCCCUCAAUCAGACAGUUAGGCGUUUGCAUUCACCCGCGUUAUGGCGGAUGGUUUGCCAUCAGAGGAAUCGUUGUGUUCACUCACUUGACAUAUGAGCCGUUAGAACAAAGACAACCCAAAGAUGUCAUACAAACUGUGGAUCUGAAGAAGAAGUUAUUGUUUAAGUUUAACAACGAGUGGUUCGACUGGUCCUAUCGGGACAUAAUACCCGUCACCAAAAAGUACAGCGAUUUACAAAUCAAGUACUUUUCGCUCAAACCCUGCGAUCGCAAAGAAUUUCUCAAUUAUUUGAUUGAUUUUAAAAAUUGAAUCUAAUUUACAUAUUGUAUACAUAUUUUUGAUCACAAUUUCUGC